AUGAUUUUAGUCGAUGGGGAAAAGUAUGCCUGUGAACAAUGUAUCAGGGGGCAUCGAUCAUCUACUUGCAAGCAUAUAAAGCGGAGACUUGUUCUUGUCCGAUCAAGAGGACGACCUAUCACUGAUUCGUCACAGAGGAUUGCUAUAACGGCCGAAGAAGUUUCAAAAACUAAUAUAACUAUAUGUGAUGGCAAGUCCGAAAGGAGGAAAAAGUCGCCGGAUAAGAAAAAGCAUAGUUGCCAAGAAGAGGAUAGAUUCUGUCGACGAACUAAAUGCUCAUGUUGUGCUCGAGCUUCCUUAACAAGUUCACAUUCAAGUUCUUCCACAUCAUCUCUUACAACGGUAUCGGGGCAUACUUCGAAUUCAUCCGCUACAUCAAGUACGACUUGUGGUUGUGAAGCUAAAUGUACACCAGUUGAGCGUAAAAAUUCCAUUUUUGUCCUCAAAGCUUCCAGGAGAAGGAUCUAUAAUGUUGACAAGACAUCACUCAAACUUUUAGAACCAGUUGCUGAAAUUCCCAAUAAUCGUGUUGGUCUGGAAAUGAUGCACAAUACUUCAAGGAUUAAAAAGCAUGGACGGACGAGCUGCCGAAGCAAAACUUUUACAACGGGUGAGUUACUUUUAAACUUUCAAGGUUGUGGCAGCGCAAGAACUGGAAGCUGCUGCUCAAACUCUAAAAAAUGUCCAAAAAUGAAGUAUUCAUGUUCCUGCUUCCCACAGGAAAAGCACACAAAAUCAAAUACUUGUUCAACCGUCAGUGUAAAAGCAGACAAUAUCGCCAAGACUAAGAGUUCCACUGCUAAACAAAAGCAAAUGUAUGAUCUCUUUCUUGCAGAUAUGUGUACCUUACCGGGCACAUGUUCCUGUGAUCCAAUCGAUUGUAAAUGCACUGAUUGCAUUGAACAUAAUGGUAUUACAAAAGAUUCCUUAAAGCAGAAGCUGAAUUGUAAAUUACCUUCGCAGGAAAGUUCUAUUCUCCAGGUUGGGCGACCUUGUUUUGAUGCAAAAGAUGCAGGAAAACCGUUGGAUGUUAAUUUAUUUAACCAAAGUCCAAAAGAUACUUCAACAUUUCCAGGGGAGGGAGUUAUCUCAUUUGGCCAAGUUGGAGUACAGCCUGCUGUCGAUCAACCCACGUGCCGCAAAGGCUUAAAUUUGGGUGAUUAUCCCAUUUCACAGGCUCCACAAAAGUCUGAUUUUAAGAAAACAAGUACCGCUUUGGGAGAAGUUGGUGUAAAGCAGCUCAGCGUACCAUUCAUAGACAAUUCGCCGGAAAGUAGUGUUUCCAGUUCUUCUGUUCCAGAAUGUCUUUGUGAGCCAAGUGAAUGUGCUUGCUAUAACUGCGAAAAGCAUGGAAUUGUUGACGGAGUUCGUAUGGCAGAUGGUGUUAGAGUGUCCUGUUUGAAUGAAUUCCCUAUAGAAAUGCAGCUAGCGUAUUCGAUGCCAAACUAUGCAUCUCAGUUGGAAAAGAAAUCCCAUAAUUCAACUACUGCCCAAACGACAAGUUCUAGUGAUGGUCAUUCUUAUGAUUUUAUGGUUCGGACAGAAGCAUUUCCUGGCUAUGAAUCAGGUUUGACGCAUAAUGGUAUUCCCCAAAAAGCAAAGUCUGUCCCAGUCGAUGAUGUCACACAACCGACUUCAGGUGAAAGUUUGGUUCAGUCUGAGAAUCGAAAUGCAAAUGAUGCGGGCACAUUUGCCGAACCUAAAAUGGGUGAAAUUAUGAUUGAUUUCUCGGACUUUGAUGCCACUUGUAAUUGCGCCGAUGGUGAAUGCACAUGCACGAACUGUUUCAAGCAUGGCCGAUUUGGAAAUGUGGAUAUUGUAUGA